UGCACUGAGUCUUCCUGCUGAGCUGUUACAGCCUGUUAGACUGUUUAAAUCAGGAACUCUUUGACAGGAUUGUGUGAAUUGUGGAGCGGAGCUUCUUCUUCUGCUGCUGCUGCUGCUCUGUUUGCAGAAACUGUGAAGGUAGAAAGUGUGUGUGAGCUGAUGUGAAUUCAGCAGCAUGGAUCAGUGUGAGGACAGAGAGGAGGGAGUCCCUCCCUCUAAAACCACUCUGUGUGGGGAACAUGAGAGCCAGACCAAAGCUCAGAGGAACCCACCUGGACCUGGACCUGAACCUGAACCUGAACCUGAACCUGAACCUGGACCUGGACCUGGACCUGGACCCAGCUGUGUGUCCUUACAGAGUGACCAGUCAAAGGAUUUUGCUCCUAAUUUUAAACAAAGAGAUUCCCCUGAGACAGACAUCCAACAGAAACCAGACUCUCGUGAACUUGAGACCAGUUGUUUGUCCUUAAAGAGCAGCUGGUCAAAGGGUCUCGGUGCUGAUUAUAAAGGACAGCCUGCUGCUACAGAGAGAUUGGACCAGGAGUGCUCAGAGUUUCCCAGUGGUCAAUCUGCCCUGCAGCUGGACUCUAUUUUUAUGAUGUUGGAGGACAACAUCAUGACUUUUGUGAAGAACGAGAUGAAGAAGAUCAAGAGGUUUCUGGGUCUUGAUUGCCCCGAAUGCUCAGAGAGUCAGAUGGAGGAUGAGGGGCUGUUGGAGGGUGAAGAUGAAAAGAAGAGGAGAAAUAGCAGAGAGGCAUUUUUAAAGAUCACCUUGCAUUUCCUUAGGCGAAUGAAGCAGGAGGACUUGGCUGACCAUCUGCAGAGCAAAAACUCUGAAGCAGUUUGUCAGCAUAAAUUUAAAUCUGCUCUGAAGAAGAAGUUCCAGUGUGUGUUUGAGGGGAUUCCUAAAGCAGGAAACCCAACCCUCCUGAAUCAGAUCUACACAGAGCUCUACAUCACAGAGGGAGGGGCUGCAGAGGUCAAUGAUGAACAUGAGGUCAGACAGAUUAAAAAGGCCUCCAGAAAACCAGACAGACCAGAAACAACAAUCAGACAAGAAGACAUCUUUAAAGGCUCAGCUGGAAGAGAUGAACCAAUCAGAACAGUGCUGACAAAGGGAGUGGCUGGCAUUGGGAAAACAUUCUUAACACAGAAGUUCACUCUGGACUGGGCUGAAGACAAAGCCAACCAGGACAUCCAGUUCAUGUUUCCAUUCACUUUCAGAGAGCUGAAUGUGCUGAAAGAGGAAAAGUUCAGCUUGGUGGAACUUGUUCAUCACUUCUUUACUGAAACCAAAGAAGCAGGAAUCUGCAGCUUUGAAGACUUCCAGGUUGUGUUCAUCUUUGAUGGUCUGGAUGAGUGUCGACUUCCUCUGGACUUCCACAAAACUACAAUCCUGACUGACCCUAGAAAGUCCACCUCAGUGGAUGUGCUGCUGAUUAACCUCAUCAGGGGGAACCUGCUUCCUUCUGCGUGCCUCUGGAUAACCACACGACCUGCAGCAGCCAAUCAGAUUCCUCCUUGGUGUGUUGACAUGGUGACAGAAGUGAGAGGGUUCACUGAUCCACAGAAUGAAGAAUACUUCAGGAAAAGAUCCAAGGAUAAUUUACAGACCAGCAGGAUCAUCUCCCACAUCAAGACAUCACGAAGCCUCCACAUCAUGUGCCACAUCCCAGUCUUCUGCUGGAUCACUGCUACAGUUCUGGAGGAUGUGCUGAAAACCAGAGAGAGAGGAGAGCUGCCCAAGACCCUGACUGAGAUGUACAUCCACUUCCUGGUGGUUCAGGCCAAAGUGAAGAAGGUCAAGUAUGAUGGAGGAGCUGAGACAGAUCCACACUGGAGUCCAGAGAGCAGGAAGAUGAUUGAGUUUCUGGGAAAACUGGCUUUUGAUCAGCUGCAGAAAGGAAACCUGAUCUUCUAUGAAUCAGACCUGACAGAGUGUGGCAUCGAUAUCAGAGCAGCCUCAGUGUACUCAGGAGUGUUCACACAGAUCUUUAAAGAGGAGAGAGGGCUGUACCAGGACAAGGUGUUCUGCUUCAUCCAUCUGACUGUUCAGGAGUUUCUGGCUGCUCUUCAUGUCCAUCUGACCUUCAUCAACUCUGGACUCAAUCUGCUGGAAAAACAAACAACCUCCAAGAGGUCAAAAGCAAGAGAAUCUGGUGCAACACACCUCUACCAGAGUGCUGUGGACAAGGCCUUAGAGAAUCCAAAUGGACACCUGGACUUGUUCCUCCGUUUCUUCCUGGGUCUUUCUCUGCAGGCCAAUCAGACUCUCCUGCAGGGUCUACUGAUCAAGUCAGAAAGUAGCUCACAGACCAAUCAGGAAACAGUCCAGUACAUCAAGGAGAAGAUCAAUGAGAGUCUGUCUUCAGAGAAAAUCAUCAACCUGUUCCACUGUCUGAAUGAACUGAAUGAUUGUUCUGUAGUGGAGGAGAUCCAGAAGUGCUUGAAUUCAGGAACUAUAUACCCAGACCAACUCUCCCCUGCUCAGUGGUCAGCUCUGGUCUUCAUCUUACUGUCAUCAGAAAAAAAUGUGGAUGUGUUUGACCUGAAGAAAUAUGUUGCUUCAGAGGAGGCUUUUCAGGGGCUGCUUCCACUGUUCAAAGUGUCCAACAAAGCUCUAUUAAGUGACUGUGGCCUCUCACAGAGAAGCUGUGAAGCUCUGUCCUCAGUUCUCAGCUCCCAGCCCUCUACCCUGAAAGAGCUGGACCUGACUAAUAACGAGCUGCAGGAUUCAGGAGUGGAGAUUCUUUCUGCUGGACUGCAAAGUCCACACUCUAAACUGGAAACUCUCAGCCUGAGUGUCUGUAAACUCUCAGAAAGAGGCUGUGAAUCUUUGUCCUCAGUUCUCAGCUCCCAGUCUUCCAGUCUGACAGAACUGGACCUGAGUAACAACAACCUGCAGGAUUCAGGAGUGACGCUUCUUUCUGCUGGAUUGAAGAGUCCACACUGUAAACUAGAAACCCUCAGGCUAAGCCUUUGUAACCUCUCAGAGAGAAGCUGUGAAGCUCUGUCCUCAGUUCUCAGCUCCCAGUCCUCUAGUCUGACAGAACUGGACCUGAGUAACAAUGACCUGAAGGAUUCUGGAGUGAAGAUGUUGUCAGUUGGAUUGGCAAACCCACGCUGUAUAAUGGAAACACUCAGUCUGUCAGGCUGCCUGAUCACAGAAGAAGGCUGUGCUUCUCUGGCCUCAGCUCUGAGCUCCAAUCCUUUCCAUCUCAGAGAGUUGGACAUAAGUUACAAUCAUCCAGGAGACUCAGGAAUGAAGCUGCUGUAUUCUGGGCUGCAGGAUGUAAACUGGAGACUGGACACACUCAGGGCGGAGCCUGCUGGAGUGCGAUGGCUGAGCCCAGGUCUGAGGAAGUAUUCCUGUCAACUCACAAUCGACACAAACACAGUGAACACAAAACUCAAACUGUCUGACAACAACAGGAAGGUGACACAUAUGGGGUCUCGCUCACUAUACAGAGAUGAUGAUAACUCUCUUCAGCUGCUGUGUAGCAAUGUUCUGAGUGGUCGCUGUUACUGGGAAGUCGAGUGGAGUGGAUGCCUUGAAAUAUCUGUGAAUUACAGAGGAAUCAAAAUGAGUGGAAUCAGAGCUGACUGUGAAGUUGCAGAAAAUGAUCAGUCUUGGAGUUUGGACUGCAUUAUUGAUGAUUAUGGUGUCUUGCGCAAUAAUGGAAAGGUAUGCUGCUUCUUGUCCUCCUUCCCCUCUCCCACCUUCACUGUCUCCUCCUCUGCAUAUUACAGAGUAGGAGUGUAUGUGGACAGUCCUGCUGCCACCGUGUCCUUCUAUAACAUCUCCUCUGACACUCUGAUCCACCUCCACACCUACAACACCACAUUCACUGAACAUCUUUAUCCUGGGUUUAGACUCUGGCCUGAUUCCUCAGUGAUUCUGUGCAGAGUUUAGUGUAGAGAAUCCCCUUUAAUGUGCACACGUUGGGAGAAUGCUUAUCAUAAAUAUUAUGGUGGUCACAGUGCACAUUAGUGCAGUCUUCUGUAAGUGUGACAGUGAGCCCAGUCUCAGUACAGUUUGCUAUAAGUUGCAGUUAUAGUCACAUGUAUGCCUCCUGUGGUUAAAAAUAUUUUUUCUCCAAUAUGUAUCUUCUGUUUUUCACUCAUGAUCAUUCAUGGGGUGAGUUAUCUGAUUUCUGGCAGUGUGACUGAUGACCAAGUCUCUGACUAACACCUUGGAUGAGGCUGUCAUAAGUCUUGGGGGGACCCUCUCAGUUAGUAACCAUCUUUGUCCCUCUGGCCUUUCCGAACAAUCAGAAUAUAGUUACUACUUUUAAUGAACUAGUUUCCACUGUUGUUUCAUGGUCUUCACCAUGUUCUACAGCUAUGUGAUUUAAACAGAUGAACACCAGCAGACUUUCUGAGAGUUUCAUUGUUUAUAAAGUGGAAAAAUAUCAUGUAAAAGACUGAAACAUUCAACAUGUAUAAGCUACAAUGAAGACUGCUAAAUGCAGUAUACGAGUAAAAGAAAUACUCUAGAUGUUCAAAAGGGGAGGAAAAACAGCUUAAAUCUGGUUAACUGUAGUUUUUUUUACUUUAUACUUAAUUGUGUACAAAUGUCUAGAUGAAUUAUCCAUAUAUUACAAUUGUAGCAUAAUUUCAUAGUUUUAUUAAUUUACAGCAUUGGUUGUAUAACAGUAUGUGAGUGAUGUUUCUUCCAGGCUGAAAUUAAAAUGAAAAUAAAACAAACUG